AUGGCUGAAGUCGUGGGUGUUGAGGAGCCGGAGCUCGACGUGCCGCCGCCGCUAGAGGAGGUGGUGGAGCUCUCCUCCGAUGACGAGUUGAGGAGCUUGGUUCCCGCGGGUGCUGCUGCACGCGCCGCCUCGCCUGGAGCUGGCCCUUCCACCUCGCGCGCCGCUGCCCCGCCAGACACGAGCAGGUACGAGGAGUACGCCAGGAAGCUCUUUGUCCUCCUCAACCGCAUGGAGAUCGGGAUCCCUAGCGGCGGGGCCCUCGUGAACCUUGUCAGCGACGACGACGAGGAGGAAGCGGCUGGCAGCAGCGGAUCGCCGGUGCCCGGUGACGAUGCCCCCAAGACAACACCAAACGGUUAG